AUGUUCGGACCUCAUUGGGCCGAAGGACGAGGCCUCUCCAAGGAAUCCCCAAAAGAAAUCCGACUUGACGAAGACGAUGCUGAUGCAUUACACACAAUCUUCUGCGUCAUCCACCAUCGUAAUGACGUCGUACCGCAGGACAUUACGCCGCUAGAGUUUCUCCAAAUUGCCAUCGCAACCGAUAAAUACGAUCUCGGCAUCGCCCUCAAAUACGCCAUUGCGCAGUGGCAGCAGCCUCAAGGCAGUCUCGAUAAAACAGGGGCGGGAUACCUCAUGGCGGCAGCAUACGCACUAGGUGAUUCGGAGAUGUUUGUUGAGAGGACUCUAGCACUGAUUCUCGACUAUGAAGAGUCUUACUAUGAAUUUCUCGAGAACGAGAUGAUAAAUCGCGUUACCUGCUUGAAGAGCGGCGGAAUCGAAUGCGAGCAGAAAUUCGCGGAAUAUUGA